AUGCAUUCCGUUACACAUGCCCGCUCUUCACGACUUCCUCCCGAAAUCCUGGAACACAUCUUCCUUUGCAACUUCAGUUACGAAGUUCCCGGUGCAGACAUUCACGCUCACGAGAAUCCACACAGUUGGAGGGCGAAUGUCAAGUCCAUCUUGCCCUGUUGUGGGGUUUCCAGGGAUUGGUAUUGCGUCGCCAGUGGAUUGCUGUAUAGACAGAGAAUUGACAUUCGUUCCGUAAAGGCAAUGAAAUUGCUUCUCCGGACUGUCAAAGAAUUUAAGACGAGGAGAGAAUCCUGUCCAAUUCGACAUCUGUCGGUCUGCAACUACGCGAUAUUGCACUCCAGCACAUUUCGGCAGGAAUUGAAUGAACUCACGACGGUCCUUCUCGCACAUUGCACCGAGCUGCAGUGCCUGGAAUGCCGCUUUAUAUCUCUCCUACAGUCUCCGAAUACCCCAUCGCCGUUUCCGAUAUUUUCGUCCCUUCGAGAACUCAGCAUCGGAGAUGUGCACCUUGGAGAUAUCGCACCGCUCCUGAUUUGCGCACCUGCUCUCAAGCGUCUUGAUGCCAGCAUGCUUGGCAAUCCACUAUUCCCCAGUCCUAGCGACGCGCUGGACGCACUGCUUAGUGUCCCUCCUCCCGCGUUCAGCCUGCGAGAUCUCAGAGUCGCCAAUUGCAGGCUCUCGCAGGCUCAGGCGCGGUGGCUGCUUGCAAACUCACGCGACAUCGCGCAAGUAGACCUACUGGCAGGCCAGUAUGGCAUGCUCGCUCCUCUGUCGUGCACCAUCGGCCGCACUGUCCAUUCGUUGUAUAUCCGCGACUUUCCGCAGGAUAGCGUGGGUGUCGCGCAUGAUAUAUCCCGCUUCACGCGAUUGACGGCCCUCCGACUGGGCCAUUACGACUGGUCAUGGUCCGAGCUGUUGUCUGCUAUAACGGCGCCGCUGGAGUGGUUGGAGUUGCCGUAUUCCAAAGUGGCCUUGACGUACCUUACGACUGCGCUGAGUGACAGGACAUGGCUUCAAAGCUUGGGCAAGGUCGUCAUCUACCAUCUGGGAAACACAGAUCGACUCCACCAGGUGAAUUCGGCGGAUGUGAAGGCUAAUAGAAAGAUGUUGAAAGAAGUGUGUUAUAUUCGUGGGAUAGAAUGUUCUUGGGUUGAGGAGAAAGUUUCUGGUCGCGAUGUCGGAGUGGUAUGUCUCUCAAAAUGCGGGAUCGUCAGGGCUUAG